AUGUCUCCCCUGCCCUUCACAGCUCCAGAGUUCCAGGCCAUGCCAAAAGCCUGGUGUAUGUCAUGUCGGGAAUAUGUGCCACUGCAGCUCCUUGGUCUCCAUGUCAGCACAUGUACCAAGUCUACAGGCAAUGAUGAGGCCAGCUCUGACAAUGACAUUGUGAACUUGGAUGAUUUGGACUUUGAUGAAGUGGAUGAUGAGAAACUGAACUCGGUGAUAUUACCAGUUUGUACCAACAACAAGGUAACGGAUAUGACAAACAAGGUUGCUUGUCCUUUGUGCUGUCAGCUAUUUACAAAUGAUGACAUCCUUGUACAUGCCAGUGUCUGCGGGGAGAGUGACACAAAAGAUGCACAUGUCCGUGAUUGUGAGGACACCAGUGAACAUUACAACAGUGUUUCAGACAUCUUGAUGUCUCUUCGAAAGAAAGUUGACACAACCAAGACAUUUAACAUCACUGUGACAAGGCAGGACCUGUUUCAAAGAGGAAUUAAACAGUGGUCCAGACAAAAACAGGCUUCCCCAAAGAAUCUUCUCAGUGUCUCCUUCAUAGGAGAAGAUGAAAUAGAUCAAGGUGCUCUUCGUAAAGAGUUCCUUACAGAAAUGGUUCGUGCAAUUGAAAGCCAGUUCUUUGAAGGCAAUGAGGAAACGGGCAAAAACCCUAAAUACAGUAUGUUAGACUACCAGGACUGCAAUUUCAAGUAUGUGUAUUAUUAG